AUGUUUAGUGCUCCUGGUAAAGCCUUCUUGGCUGGCGGGUAUCUUGUUCUGGAUCCCAAAUACAGGGCAUUUGUGGUUGCUCUGUCAUCUAGAAUGUAUGCUCACGCAGAAAUUGUCUCGGAAGGAGGCGAUACUACCGAGAUCUCGGUCAGAUCGCCCCAAUUCUUAGAGGGAGACUGGACAUAUAAAGUGGACCUAUCACGCCCAACACAAUCUCAGGAAGUUCAUGGACGCAAGAACCCGUUCAUCAAAGCAACGUUGGAUAUUAUCUUGUUAUACUUGAGCCCAAAGGUCAACAAAAGCAUUGUCAUCACCAUCUUUUCCGACGCGGGUUACCAUUCGCAAACAAACUCGGUUCCAAAAACGUCGGAGUCGGGAAAAAGAACGUUCCGUUACCACUCGCAGCCAAUCACUGAGGUCUCAAAAACCGGACUUGGGUCGAGUGCCGGACUGGUUGCCUCUUUGACUGCCGCACUGCUGUCCUGUUACGUUGAAACAUUGGAUGUGAAAAAUGAUGCAACUCUUAACCAGAUACACAACCUUGCACAAAUUUCCCACUGUUUAGCUCAGGGAAAAAUAGGCUCUGGGUUUGAUGUUGCGUCGGCAACGUUUGGAUCGAUUGUUUAUCGUCGAUUUGACCCAGAGUUGGUCAACAAAGUCAUCGAGACUUGGGACCGCGAAUACCUUGUGAACCUUGUCGAUAACGUUGACUGGAAAAUCGAAAUCAGCAAGUGUGCUCUUCCUUCGGGAGUCAAGCUGUUGAUGGGAGACAUUGUUGGUGGAUCGGAAACGCCGAAGCUUGUCUCAAAGGUUCUUUCGUGGAGGAAAGAGAAUGCAUCUAGAUCUUUGGAGGUCUGGGAGACCCUCAACAAGAAUAAUAUGAGCCUCGUUUCAGGAUUGGAGAGAUUGCAAACCAUGAGCAAAGAACAACCAGAGACUUACAAACUACUUCUGCAGAGCUUGGUUGCAGGCAACAAAAGUGGGUUCCAAGACGUUGUUUCCAGCAUUCAAGGUAUUCGUAAAUACCUCAAGAUAAUGACGCAGGAAAGUGGUGCCGAGAUCGAGCCUGACCAGCAAACCAAACUGUUAGAUUAUUGCAUGUCCCUGGACGGAGUUUUGGGAGGAGUUGUUCCUGGUGCCGGUGGAUACGACGCUGUUUGUUUGUUGGUUGCAGAAGACUCGAUCCCGCAGGUGAUCGAGAACACUCAGAACCAUUCGGUCACAUGGUUGGAUCUCCGCGAACAGGAAUUGGGGCUCAGACAAGAAGACGUGUCUGAGUUUUCCGGGCUUUUUUAG